AUGGGGACCGAGGCGGCUUUAAAGACGUUCACAGCAGAAGAGCUCGACGAGGCCACGAAUAACUACGCGCGGGAAAACUCGCUCGGUCGCGGCGGCUUCGGCACGGGGUACCGCGGAAAGCUCACGGACGGUUCCCCCGUGCUUGUAAUGAAGCUGAACCCGGAUAACACCCGCCAAGCCGCGGAGAAAUUCACCCGCGAAGUGACCAUCCUCACGCGCGCGGACCACCCGCAUCUGUCCGAUCUGUACGGAUUAGGGUUGGUGAUCCUGCAGUUGUUGACCGGCGAGAAGGUGAAUAAGGUGCUUGAGUUUGCGAAAUUCGGGCUGGAGGGUAUUCUGGAUCAUCUGGAUAAGACGGUUCAGUGGAACCCGGAGAUUGCGAAGGAGGUUGCUGACGUGGCACUCAAGUGUAGGGACCGGAUGAGCCGGCCGGAUUUAGAGACGGUGGUGCUGCCGAUGCUGAAGAAAUACGCGGAGCAGACUAAAGGGGAGAAAGAAACGGAGGCCCCUCCGCCUGCUGCUGCUGCUGGUGCUGCUGGUGGUGGUGCUAAGGGUGGUGGUGGUGGGGCGGGUAAGGGGCAUGAGAAGAAGGGUGCGGCUGCGGCGGCCGCUGCGCCUCAGAAGAAGGGGCUGUUUGGGUAUUUCUUUGGGAAGCGGUGA